AUGGGACAGAGGAACAAUGUCACAGAAUUUGUCCUCCUGGGCCUCACUCAGGAUCCCAAUGUGCAAAAAGCCUUAUUCAUCCUGUUUUCACUCAUCUACAUUGUGACAGUGGUGGGCAACCUGCUCAUUGUGGUGACUGUGAUUUCCAGCCCCUCUUUGGAUUCCCCAAUGUACUUCUUCCUUGCAUACCUGUCACUCAUGGAUGCUGUGUAUGCCACUACUAUUUCACCCAAGUUGAUUGUAGACUUACUCUGUGAGUUAAAGACUAUUUCCUUUCAAGCCUGCAUGAUCCAGCUCUUUACAGAACACUUCCUUGGUGGUGCAGAAGUCUUCCUUCUAGUGGUGAUGGCCUAUGAUCGCUAUGUGGCCAUCUGUAAGCCACUGCACUAUAUGACCAUCAUGAAUAGACGGGUUUGCAUCCUCCUGUUGGUGGUGGCUUGGGUUGGAGGUUUUGGACACUCGAUUGUUCAACUUGUCAUUGCGUACAGCCUCCCUUUUUGUGGCCCCAAUAUCAUUGACCACUUCAUCUGUGACAUGUACCCACUGUUGGAACUUGCCUGCACCGACACCUAUUUCAUAGGCCUCACUGUGGUUGCUAAUGGUGGCGCCAUCUGUAUGGUGGUCUUCAUCCUCCUCCUCAUCUCCUAUGGCGUCAUCCUGAACAAUCUUAAGACUCACAGUCAGGAGGGGAGGCGCAAAGCCCUGUCCACCUGCAGCUCCCACAUCACGGUGGUUGUCCUAUUUUUUGUGCCCUGUAUCUUCAUGUAUGUUCGACCUGUUUCUAACUUGCCUAUUGACAAAUCCAUAGCUGUUUUUUAUACAGUUGUCACUCCCAUGUUGAAUCCUUUGAUCUAUACCUUGAGAAAUUCAGAAAUGAAAAAUUCCAUGGAGAAAUUGUGGUGCAAAAUGUGA